UGAGUGACAUACAAGAACUCCAACACUAUCAUUGCUUGUCCUUGUCACCUAUAUUUUCUCUUUGCUCCACCCCUCUAUAUGUCCCAGCACAAUACUCAACCCCCCACCCUCAAUGGUCUUCUUCUUCUCCUUCUCCUCCUCCCUCAAUCCUCUGCUUUAACUGAUACCCUUCUUUCUCUAGGCUCAUAGCAAUCCCCAGAAGAAGAAAUGGAAGGAAGUUCCACCCCACUGACUCAGAAUUCAUCCACCUUCGGCCUUGGAAUGCACCCCAAUGACCAGCUCCGCAACUGCUUCUUCGUCGCCAGCUGGGACGACUCCCUGGAUCAGGGCGAUCCCUUUGAGUCGGCCCUGAGCUCCAUGGUGUCGUCCCCCAUCGCGCCCCACGCCGGCGAGGGCGACUCCGUCAUGAUCCGGGAGCUGAUCGGGAGGCUCGGCAGCAUCUGCGAUUCUCCCCAGGCCUCCCCGGGGUCCUACAACAACAGCGCCACCAACACUUCCUGCUACAACACCCCGCUGAACUCGCCCCCCCCGCUCAGCCUCUCGAUGGCGGAUCAGCUCGUCCGCGGCGGCUUCCCAGCCCCUGGAGGCCAUUUCCCGGGGCACCCGACUUUCGUGCCGGUCAUGGCCGAUCCCGGGUUUGCCGAGAGGGCGGCAAGGUUCUCUUGCUUCGGCCCUAGGAAUGUGAAUGUCUCCAAUCAAAACGGUGGCCUCGGGUUGAAUGCAUUGGAAUUCCCGGUGAAACAGGGCAAUAAGCUCGAUUCGGGGAGAUUUUGCAGAGUUCCGAGCAGUCACUCACUGAAGACUAACGUCGGAUCUCAAAUCUGUGCACAAGGAGGGACUGAAAGAAGCUUCCUCCAGUCAGGAAUCUCUGCUCCGACCCCUGAAAAUGUAGAAAUGGGGGAUUCCCGCGAGGGGUCUUCGAUCUCCGAACAGGUCACGCACGGAGAGAUGCGUGCCAAGGGACAAAUCGACGUGAAUUCAAGGAAGAGGAAAUCGAUCCCAAAAGGAAAAGCGCGAGAAUCGGUCGCUUCUCCACAAUCUGCUAAAGAUCCUGCGGUUGCGACAGAGAACGAAGAGCCGAUCACGAAGAAAAUCAAACCCGCCGAGGCCGAUGGCGACGAGAUAGACGCGGCGAACGGGAACCAGAAACAGAGGAAUGAGGAUUCGAAGCCUCCGGAGCCGCCCAAGGACUAUAUCCAUGUGAGAGCAAGAAGGGGUCAAGCCACUGACAGCCAUAGCCUUGCUGAAAGGGUCAGGAGAGAGAAAAUAAGUCUGAGGAUGAAGGCUCUUCAGGAUCUCGUGCCUGGCUGUAACAAGGUGACCGGGAAAGCUAUGAUGCUCGAUGAGAUCAUUAACUACGUGCAGUCCUUGCAACGUCAGGUCGAGGUUCUCUCCAUGAAGUUGUCGACUCUGAACCCCAGGAUGGAUUUCAAUCUGGAAGCUUUCCUGUCAAAAGAAAUCUUGCACUCUCGAGACCCGUUACUGAAUUCUCUCUAUCCAAUCGAUUCGUCCGGAUCCAUGUCAUAUGGUUAUGAGCCCCCGCAAGGACUAAUGCCGAUGCCGAGUGUCGAUUCCAACAACAUGGAUACCCAAUUUCCAGUGAAUCUUUUGAAUUCCGGAAUUCACAGAAAUGCCAGCUUGAACUUGCCUCUUGUGGCCAAUUACGGCGAAGCUCCCGCUCCGGCCCCAGCUCUAUGGGAGGAUGACCUUCAAAGUGUAGUCCAAAUGGGUCUCGGCCAAAAUGAGCCUCAGAGAAUAGAACAAGGCUCCCUGGCCCCUGCUCAGAUGAAAAUCGAGUUGUAGUUCCCGGCGUUAACGAACGGUACGAGUCCGACAAUUGACAGGGGGCCCUCACAGAGAGAGAGAGAGAGAGAGAGAGAGAGAGAGCGAGAGAGAGGGAGAGAGGCCUAUGUAUGUACAGACAUAUUCUUGAUUUCAGUAAUUGCUUAGUCAUUCUUUGAAGAAUUCUUUCCAAGAUUGUUGACACUAGAACUAAUUGGGAUCUUGUAUCCGAUACAAUCAUUUGUUUCGGCCUCUAGUGUUACCUCGCCAUUUCUAUAAUGCUGCAAUUUGUUUAUUCA